AUGGGCGCUGGCGGCCCCCGGCGGGGCGAGGGCCCCCCAGACGGCGGCUGGGGCUGGGUGGUGCUGGGCGCCUGCUUUGUGGUCACCGGCUUCGCCUACGGCUUCCCGAAAGCCGUGAGCGUCUUCUUCCGCGCGCUCAUGCGCGACUUCGGCGCCGGCUACAGCGACACGGCCUGGGUGUCCUCCAUCAUGCUGGCCAUGCUCUACGGCACGGGCCCCGUGUCCAGCAUCCUCGUGACCCGCUUUGGCUGUCGCCCGGUGAUGCUGGCGGGUGGGCUGCUGGCUUCCGCGGGCAUGAUCCUAGCUUCCUUUGCCACGCGCCUCCUGGAGCUCUACCUGACCGCUGGGGUGCUCACAGGCCUGGGCCUGGCCCUCAACUUCCAGCCGUCGCUCAUCAUGCUGGGGCUGUACUUCGAGCGGCGGCGGCCUCUGGCCAACGGGCUGGCGGCGGCGGGCAGCCCAGUGUUCCUGUCCGCGCUGUCGCCGCUCGGCCAGCAGCUGCUGGAGCGCUUCGGCUGGCGCGGCGGUUUCCUGCUGCUCGGCGGGCUCCUGCUGCACUGCUGCGCCUGCGGGGCUGUCAUGAGGCCGCCGCCCGGGCCAGGCUCGCGACCGCGCAGGGACAGCGCCGGCGACCGCGCCGGGGACGCUCCGGGCGAGGCGGAGGCUGACGGUGCGGGGCUGCAGCUGCGCGAGGCACCCCCCAGGGCCCGGCCCCGCCGGCGCCUGCUGGACUUGGCAGUGUGCACAGACCGCGCCUUCGCCGUGUACGCCGUCACCAAGUUCCUGAUGGCGCUCGGGCUCUUCGUCCCCGCCAUCCUGCUGGUGAACUACGCCAAGGACGCGGGCGUGCCCGACACCGACGCCGCCUUCCUGCUGUCCAUCGUGGGCUUCGUGGACAUCGUGGCGCGGCCGGCGUGCGGCGCCCUGGCGGGCCUGGCGCGUCUGCGACCGCACGUCCCGUAUCUGUUCAGCCUGGCCCUGCUGGCCAACGGGCUCACGGACCUGAGCAGCGCGCGCGCGCGCUCCUACGGCGCCCUCGUCGCCUUCUGCGUCGCCUUCGGCCUCUCCUACGGCAUGGUGGGGGCGCUGCAGUUCGAGGUGCUCAUGGCGGCUGUGGGCGCGCCCCGCUUCCCCAGUGCGCUGGGCCUGGUGUUGCUCGUGGAGGCCGUGGCUGUGCUCAUCGGACCGCCCUCUGCCGGCCGCCUGGUGGAUGCGCUGAAGAACUACGAGAUCAUCUUCUACCUGGCCGGCUCUGAGGUGGCCCUGGCCGGGGUCUUCAUGGCUGUCGCCACCAACUGCUGCCUGCGUUGUGCUAAAGCUGCCCCGUCAGGCCCAGGUGCUGAGGGCGGAGCCAGUGACACUGAGGGCGCUGAGGCUGAAGGGGACUCUGAGCCCCUGCCUGUCGUCGCAGAGGAACCCGGCAACCUGGAGGCCCUGGAGGUGCUCAGCGCCCAGGGCGAGCCCACAGAACCAGAAAUGGAGGCGAGGCCAAGGCUGGCUGCCGAGUCUGUGUAACUCAGUGUGCACUGGGUGGGGUGGCCCAGUGACUUGGGAACACAGCUUCUUGUCUCAGAGAGCCUGGUACGCUGGGAGGCUGGUCUGGGGUGGUCACUCCUGGGGUCCACGUCUGGGCUCCAGUUGAUCCCCUGGGUGUCUGGGAACUGCUUCCCUCAUCUGUGCCCCAAGUUCCGCCAGGCCCUGCCCCAUCGCCAGUGAAGCUAUGGAGCAACAGGAAACUGUUGAUAAAGCUCAG